AUGACAAGAAGUGAUAUUGGUUCGUCUUCAAUGAAGACAACUAUCGACAUCACAUCUCCUUACUUCCUUACAUAUGAUGAUCACCCUUGGCAGAAUUUCGUUGGAGAAAACUUGUUUCACGAUGAUAAUUAUAGCGAUUGGCAGAACGAGAUGACCAAUGCUUUGUUUGCUAAAAACAAGAUUGGUUUCGUUGAUGGCACCAUCCCUAUGCCAACAGAAAAUUCUGCUGACUUAAUAAAUUGGAAAAGAUGCAAUGCAAUGGUACGUGGGUGGUUGAUAAGUUCAAUGGAGAAAGAAACCAAGAGUAAUGUCAAGUAUGUUGUCACGCCUCAUGACAUAUGGCGGGAUCUAGCAAAACGAUUUGGAAAAGAAAAUGCACCCCAAGCAUAUGAACAAAGAAGAACUGUUACCACCAUACGACAAGGAGACAUGACUAUAUCUAUAUAUUACACGAAACUUUGGAAUGUGUGGGAUGAAAUUCAAUCCAUUAGCCCACACCCUCUUGUAAUUGGCAGGGCUGCAAGUGUAAUAUUACCAAGGAAUUUGUAA